CUCCUGAGCGCGGCCAUGGCCGCCCUGCUGCCGCGGGGCGCCGCCGCCACCCGCCGCCGCCUGCUGCUGCGCGCCGCGCCGCUCGCCCCGGGGCCGGCGCGGGGCGCCGGGCGGGCCCUGUCCGCCGCCCUGGUGCGCCGUGGCGGCCUGGUGGGCGGCCGAUGGGUGGAGACGGCCGCCGCUUUCCCCGUGCAGGACCCGGCCAGCGGCGAGGAGCUGUGCCGGGUGUCCGACUGCGGGGCGGCCGAGGCGCGGGCGGCCGUGCGGGCAGCGCACGAAGCCGGCGCCGCCUGGGACCGCCUCCCCGCCAAGGAGAGGAGCGCGCGCCUCCGGCGAUGGUACGAGCUGAUGAUGGAGAACAAGGAGGAGCUGGCGCGGAUCAUCACAGCCGAGAACGGGAAGCCUCUGAAAGAAGCACAGGGUGAAAUUGCGUAUUCAGCCUCGUUUCUGGAGUGGUUUGCGGAGGAGGCUCGACGGAUUUAUGGUGAUGUUAUUCCAGCAUCUGCAAAGGACAGAAGAGUCCUGGUGCUGAAGCAGCCAGUAGGAGUGGCAGCCAUUAUAACCCCAUGGAAUUUUCCAAGCGCUAUGAUUACCCGGAAGGUUGGUGCAGCUCUGGCAGCUGGCUGUACAGUAGUGGUGAAACCUGCAGAGGACACACCUUUAUCAGCAUUAGCUCUUGGGGAGCUUGCAAACCAGGCUGGAAUCCCAGCAGGAGUGUAUAAUGUUGUCCCUUGUUCCAGACAACAGACAGCAGCUGUAGGGGAAGUUAUAUGCACUGAUCCAUUGGUAUCCAAAAUAUCUUUUACUGGCUCUACAGCAACAGGAAAGAUCUUGCUGAAACACGCAGCUGGCACUGUGAAGAGAGUUUCCAUGGAGCUUGGAGGACAUGCUCCUUUUAUUGUGUUUGACAGUGCCAACGUGGACCGGGCUGUCGCAGGAGCCCUUGCUUCUAAGUAUAGAAACUCAGGACAGACUUGUGUUUGCACAAACCGUUUCCUGGUGCAAAAGGGAAUUCAUGAUGAAUUUGUGGAAAAGUUUGCUAAAGCUAUAGUCAAAGAACUACAUGUUGGAAAUGGAUUUGAUGCAAAAACUACCCAAGGACCACUAAUAAAUGAAAAAGCAGUGGAAAAGGUAGAGAAACACAUUAAGGAUGCAGUUUCUCAAGGAGCAUCUGUUGUGACUGGAGGGAAACGACACAGCUUGGGGAAGAAUUUCUUUGAGCCAACAUUACUUACUAAUGUUACAACAAAAAUGCUUUGUACCCAAGAGGAGACAUUUGGUCCUUUAGCACCAGUUAUCAGAUUUGAGACUGAAGCAGAAGCUGUUGCUAUAGCAAAUGCAGCUAAUGUGGGUUUAGCAGGAUAUUUCUACUCCCAAGAUCCAGCUCAGAUCUGGAGAGUUGCAGAACAGCUGGAAGUUGGAAUGGUUGGUGUUAAUGAAGGCAUAAUCUCGUCAGCGGAGUGUCCUUUUGGUGGGGUAAAGGAGUCUGGCUUGGGGCGAGAAGGUUCAAAAUAUGGCAUUGAUGAAUACUUAGAAAUAAAAUAUGUCUGCUUUGGAGGAUUAUAAAAGCCUUCAAACAGCACAAUCCCCGCAACUUGGGAAAGAGUGCUGUUGUUUUUAUAAGCUUCUUUAGCCUGAAAUAUGUAUGAAUGCAACUUCUACCUUCAUUAGAACUAAUCAGCCAUCGUGUGUGUGUAUAGAGAUAUCUACGGUAUUCUGUGCUGCCAAAUGUUUUUACAUAGUCUUUGUUUAUACAUCCAGUUUUUCAGCAAUGUGAUCACAAUGUCCAUUAUUUUUAGUAAAGAGUAGGGAUGUACAUUUAUUGUUCUUGGAUUAUCCCUGUGUAACUGGGAGAACUUUGAGACCUGUGCAUAAUGAAAACAGAUUGUAACCUAUAGCGAGGGAAACCAGACCACCAUUUUUUACUACCUUUAGUACUUCAGUGUGGAUAAGGGAUCCUUUGGGAUGGCAGUCUCCCUUUAGAAUUUUGUGUAAAUACUCACACUUUCAAAUGUGGUUAUCUGACCUCCUAUGGAAGCAAGUGUGUGGGGUUUUUGUUUUUUUUUUUCCUUAAAUUGUGGGAGAAAUCUGCUGCUUACAGAAGGUAAGGAACAGUUUUGAGCUGUAUCUAGGCAUCCACAUAGGCUAACAAAUAGCUUUUCCAGCACUGUGAUGCUGACUGCAGGGCUGCUACCUGUUCAGCUUUAGGUUUUUGAGCAAAGAGGUGUACUUCAGGCCUAACAGCUUGCAUGUCUAGGAUGAAAUAUAGCUCUUCUUUGAUGCCUGUUAGCCCCAGCAGUCCUGGAAACAGGACAGUCCAGGACAAAGAAUUGCUGGCUUAGUGAGAAGCAGGAGGAAGGUAAGACACUCAGGAACAACUUGCAGAAUUGUAAGGGGAGAGUAUAAGGGCUGUGUGAAGAAAGCACAAGUGGUGACACGAUGAUACAGAUAAACUCCUUCUCUUCCAUGAAAAGACCAUGACUCUCCUUGGGUAGAAGUACAGUCCCUGAUGUAAAUAUUGCUCGGUGUCUAAAGGAACAUAACUCACCCCCUUCGAAGAAUAGAAGCAGAUAUUCAUCCCUGUGGGAUUUGUGGUUACACAGGUGAAGGUCCAUUAGGGAGGAAGGCUUAAAAACCUUUGAACAUGGCUCAUUUGUGACUUAAUAAAGAUUUAAAUAGUGGUGGUUAGAGGUGAGGCUUUGACCUUUGGCUUGACCUCACUACUCUUGUCAUCUUCAAAAGAUGAUGUAAGGCUUCCUUAUUAUGAAAUAAACAAUGUUGUUAAAAAUAUUUUAAUGGCAGUCACAAAGCACUUUAAACAUGCAAUGUUAAUUUGGUGAAUAAAUCAGCACGGCAGAAGGGAAAUAAUUUUUGUUUAUUGUGUUUAUUAUUAAAAAUAAAGAAGGCAAUGGAAUCCUUCUUCCUAUAAAGUAAUGAAUGUACCAUAUGAAAUGAAAUAUUUUAAAAUAUUUUAUCCCAUCAGGCAAAGAGGUACCAGGUAACAUAAGACUUGUAGAGGGAAGGAAAGCAAGCUGGAACAGAGUUUCAUAGGGUUUUUGUUUAAAGCGCACAUAAAGUAGCAUUGACUGCUACUCCUUAUUUUUAAAUAUUUUUUACGGUUGUAUUUGUGUAGCAGUUGAGACCUGGUGGGUCUGGAGCACAUUAUCUGUCAGUACUGUGUGCAUCAUGCCAACUGAAGGGCAGUUAAAGGGUAUUUACCGCCCUUCCAGUAAUUCGCAAUGCACCAAACCUGCGUAGCUGUGUAGUAAGGACUUUAGUACUGUUAUCUGUGCUUGUCAAAAACUCAAAAAGGAUGGCUUCUUUCUACACUAGUUGCAAGAAACUUUCCCAUACCCACCUUCUAAGAUAACACUAUGGAGCACACAGGCUGCCUGAGUUUUGGGAAUACAGUGUUGUGGGAGAAAGCUGUUUGCCAGUUUUGGCUGCUGAUGUGUUUAGUAUUAAUUGGAAAAAACAACUGGGUAAAAGAAGGUCAUGCCUAGGAACAUGACCCAUGCUUAACAAAAAUGUAUUAUGUAUACUACAUAAACGUAGUAAUUUCAGCUCAGAAAUUAUUCUAGUUACAGUACAAUAGCAUUUCCAGCUUCCACAACACAGUGAUGCAGGCAUAGUUACAGGUAUUGUACAUAGGUAGAAUAUCUGCCACUGAAAUUCAAUUGUAUCUGCCUGUGAACUGUAUAAGGUCAAAAUUAAAAUCAUAUUACAUCUCUAUGACAGUGUACUAUCUAAUGUGAGUGUCCUUCUUGGGACAGUGCAGUUGGAGGAUAAAUUAUUUAACACUUGCUCUCUUCACUACAAGUUACUGAUGAUGCAUGGGUCUUUUUAAUGUGAUUUUCUGAUAAUAGCACUUCUAAUGAGUAUUUGCUUUUUUUUUUUAGCAAAUAAUAUCUUUUACAAUGCCUGAUAACAAGCACAAACAAUAGUUAAAGAUAAUGUUUGUAAGAAACUUAAAUACUUUUGUCUAGACUGGAUUGUGGUUGGAUUCCAGCAUAAUAUCCUCAUGUCAGUAAAGUCUACAUCAUUCAAGCACAGAAUAAUCACAGUUGUCUUCAUAGCAAAAGCUGAGAUUCUUCAACAAAAGACUUGAAUUCUCACACCUCAGUUGUGUUGAUGGCACUUGUGAUAGUUUAGCAAUUCCUGGAUAUUAAAACUGUGAUUAAAAAAAUGUUUUAUGUUAAUAAAUAACUUCUGUGAAAGCA